UUCACGCAGCCCGUUCUGCCUCGCUCUCCAUCUGCACUUUACCCAUACAGUCUGAACGAAAAGCAUUUUGUUCGAUGCACACUUACUAAAAUAACCUGUGGACAUGCAACGGAACUACGGCCACAAUCUUUCGGGGAAAACAUGGACAGGAUGCUUAAACUUUUACCGAUGCACUUUAUAUAUAUUUACCUUAAGUGUGGAACUACUGACGACGUUUUCAGAGCCCACAGACCCAGGAGCGUUUGCGUUCUUUAGCGAGGAGGCGCAGGGCUGCCUGGGGGUGGAGGGCACCUCCCUGCGGUUGCCGGGGCGCUGCGAUCAGAGCGCCCAGCAGUGGAAGUUCGGGUCCCGCGGGCGCCUGUUCAACCUGGGCUCCUCCCUGUGCCUGGUCCAAGUGCCGGGCAACGAGAGCGGGAAGCCCACCCUGGAGCUGUUCCACUGCAACCAGGAGCCCGCCCGCUCACACGCCAGCUGGCACUGCAAGCAGGUCCUGGAGAGCCUCAGCACCCACCUGGCCCUGCCCACCAACAGCACCCUCGGUCCAGCUCGUGCCCCCACACAAGCCCCGCGCUGGAGGCUCUACGGUGACCAGCAGGACCUGUGCACCAUGGCCUAUCACGAGACCUACACCAUCCAGGGGAACUCCAACGGGCGGCCGUGCCACUUCCCCUUCCUGUACGACGAUCGCUGGUUCCACGGCUGCUCCGGCGUGGGUCGGGAGGACGGACACCUCUGGUGUGCCACCACCCUGGACUACGACAAGGACCAGCGCUGGGGCUUCUGCCCGGUCAAGACCAAGAACUGUGAGACAUUCUGGGACAUAGACACGCUAACUGGCACCUGCUAUCAGUUCAACUUCCAGUCCACUCUCUCUUGGAACGAGGCGCGUAUCAGCUGCCAACAGCAGGGGGCAGACCUGCUCAGCAUCACCGAGCUGCACGAGCAGAGCUACAUCAACGGCCUGCUGACAGGGUACAGCUCCACCCUGUGGAUCGGCCUCAAUGACCUGGACAUCAACGGCGGCUGGCAGUGGGCUGACUCUGCCCCUGUUAAGUUCCUGCACUGGGAGCCUGAUCAGCCCAAUCACGCGGAGGAGGAGAACUGCGGCGUGAUCCGGACCGAGGCUAUGGGCCGCUGGCAGAACCGCGACUGCUCCAUGGCCCUGCCCUACGUCUGCAAGAGGAGGCCCAACGCCACCCUGGACCCCUUCACCACUGACUCCUGGGUGGACGAUAAGCAGAGGGACUGUGGCGGGGGCUGGCUCUCCUUCCAGGCCGGCUGCUACAGACUGACGGAGGAGAGGAAGGACUGGGCCGACGCACAGAGAACCUGCCAGAAAAUGGAGGCAAACCUGGUCAGCAUCCACACCCUGCCGGAGCUGGAGUUUGUCAUCAAGAACCUGAAGAGAGACGUGGAGGAGCUGUGGAUCGGACUUCACGACACCAAGGUGGACAUGAGUUUCGAGUGGGCAGAUCACACGCCCGUCAUCUUCACCUACUGGCACCCGUUCGAGCCCAACAACUUCCAGGACGCCCAGGAGGACUGCGUCACCAUCUGGGGGCCUGAGGGGCGAUGGAAUGACAGCCCCUGUAACUUCACCCUGCCCUCCGUCUGCAAGAAGCAGGCGCAGAAGACUGAGGGCCGAACGCAGGACCACGGCUGCAAACCGGGCUGGAAGUGGCACAGCCCGUCUUGUUAUUGGAUAGGAGAAGAUCAGGUGACCUUUCAGGAAGCGAGGAAGGUGUGCAUGAGCCAGCAGGCCAGCCUGGUCACCAUAACCAACAGGUUUGAGCAGGCCUUCACCAGCAGCCUGAUUCUGGGCCGGGUGAGCGAUUUCUUCUGGACGGCCCUGCAGGACCUCGACAGUACCGGAAGCUUCCGCUGGCUCAGUGGAGAUGAGGUUUCCUACACCAACUGGAACAGGGACCAGCCAGGCUUCAAUAAGGGUGGCUGUGUUACCCUGGCAACUGGCUUCAGCACAGGACUGUGGGAGGUCAAGGACUGUGGUGCUGCCAAAGCCAAGUAUAUCUGCAGGCAGAACCUGGACACAUCUCUGAGCCCUGUGUCGCCUGCCCUGCCCCCUGGCCCAGCCCCUACGCCCAGCCUAACCGGAGCAUGCCCCCAGGGCUGGAGAAGCAGCAGCUCCUUACGCAACUGCUACAAGGUCUUCCACUUCUCACAGCAGAACCGAAAGCUGGACUGGUUACAGGCUCACCUCUUCUGCCGGAAGCACGGGGCCAACCUCCUGAGCAUCGGCGACUUCGAGGAGGAGCAGUUCGUCUCUCAGAUCCUCCAUGAGACUUUCGGGGAGUCAGAGGACCACGAGCAGCACUGGUUCUGGAUCGGGCUGAACCGCAGGAACCCGGACGACAAGGGUAGCUGGAAGUGGAGUGACGGAGUGGGGUACUCCUACCACAACUUUGGUCGCUACUUCCAAGGGUCGGACAUCCGGCAGUGCGCGGUGGCUGACCUGGGUACCAUGCAGUGGAUGGCCAUGCAGUGUGACUCCGAGCUGGACUGGAUCUGCAAGAUUCCCAGAGGAGCUGUUAAGGUGAAGCCAGAUGUCACUGAAGAGGAGUCCAGCGGUAGGGAGUGGGUGAAAUUCCAGGAGGCUGAGUAUAAGAUCUUUGACCACCGGGCCACCUGGAACCAGGCAGAGCGGAUCUGUACCUGGUUUCAGUCCUUCCUGGUCUCUGUGCACUCACCCGAGGAGCAUGCUUUCCUAACGCAGUCCCUGCAGAAGGUGACCAACGUGGAGGGGCACCUGUGGUGGGUAGGACUGCACACCCAGGAGAAUGAUGGGCGUUUCUACUGGGCUGAUGACUCUGUGCUCAACUACGUGACCUGGGCUGCUGGGAAGCCACGCCCGGGGAGCCGAGACCGCAAGUGUGUGUACAUGACAGCCAACAAAGAGGAGUGGGGUGACCAGAAGUGCUUCUCUGACCUGCCCUACGUCUGUAAGAGGUUCUCCAUCUCUUCCGUCAAUCCGCCGACCAGGGCCCCACCACCCCCGGCCGAGGGCUGUCCAGAAGGCUGGGCCCCUUUCCUGCGCAAGUGUUACAAGGUGUAUGGGCACCAGGACACCAAGAGUGUCACAUGGUCAGGAGCCAAGACACUCUGCGCUUCUCAGGGAGCGGGCCUGGCACUGCUGACCGAUCCCCUGCAGCAGGCUUUCCUCACCACCCUGUUGCCCAACAUCAGCUCCAGCCUGUGGAUCGGGCUCUCGGAUGCAGAGAGACAGUUCCAGUGGAUUAAUAAAGACCCUCUCACCUACAGUAACUGGGCCCCUGGGGAGCCUGCGGGUCGCAGAGACCCCCUGCCUGCCAAGCCGGUGAACUGUGUGGUGAUGCUUCAUGGGAACCCGAAGAGAAACGCAGGGAUGUGGGCCUCCCGAAGGUGCGAGGUGGAGAGGCAUGGCGUCGUCUGUCAGAAGAGCAAAGAUCAAGCCCUGCCGCCGAGCGCGGCCGCGUUCCCCCCCAACGCAUCGGGGCCCCUGGAGUUCGGCGGGGUGACGUACCGCCUGCUGACCCGCCCGCUGGACUGGACUGGGGCGGUGCAUAUCUGCGACUCUCUGAACGCCACCCUGGCCUCCGUCCAAGACCCCUUCCAGCAGGCCUACCUCACACUGCUGCUGGGCAGCCUGCGGCGGCAAGUCUGGGUCGGCCUCUACAGCAGCGGGGCCCGCAGCUACUCCUGGCAGGGGGGGCCAGUGACCUACAGCAGUUGGUGGAAUGGGAAGCCCAGCCUCUCAACGGGGUGUGGCUACAUGAUGCAGACCGGCGAAUGGGCUGUGAAGUCCUGCGAGUCUAAAUUUGACUUCUCCAUCUGUCAGCUCAACACAGCUCAGGCCAGUGAUCAUCCCUGGAGCUUCCCUGGGCACUGUCCUCGCCCGCUGGGCGGAUGGAGCUGGGUUCCCUUCCGUAACUUCUGCUACUCCUUCCGCCUGGAGCGGCUCCAACAGCACCGGGAGGCCAACAAGACCUGCACCAGCGUGGGGGCAGAGCUGCUGUCCAUCAUGGAUGAGACGGAGAACACGUUUGUGUGGGAGCACUUGCAGGGAUAUGAGGAUCAGGCCCAGGGGGUCUGGCUGGGUCUGACCGUAAACAGCAGGGGGGGCGGCCUCGCAUGGCCAGACACCUGGGAUAAGAAGGAGGUGGAGUUCACCAACUGGGAGGUGCAGGACACCAACCUGAGCAUGCUGUCGGCCAACACCUGCUUCUGGGUCCAGAGGAGCAGCGGCAUGUGGAGGCCAGGGCCCUGCACCAACCGCACACAGGCUGUGGUCUGCAAGACCCUGCAGAGCACGGAGUCUUCUCAGGCUGUAGUGUCAACUUCGGAAGGGUUCCCGGUUCUGGUCCCGGUGUUGGUGACGAUCGUGUUCCUGCUCCUGGUUCUGCUCCUGGCGGUGAUUCUGCUCGUUUACCGCCGUGGCCGAGGCCGGUCCCGGGGCGCCUUCGAGGGGGCCCGGUACAGCCGCUCCAAAUCGGCCCCCGAGGGCCAGCAGGAGAAGAACAUCCUGGUGUCGGACAUGGAGCUGAACGAGCAGGCCGAGUAGCAGAGGGACAGACGGACAGGGCGCGGGGGGGACGGACGGAUGGAGGGAAGACUGCACACGCCCGCUCCCCGCCUUCCUCUCCUUCCCAUUGGGCGUGCGGAGCGAUGUGGGCGGAGCUGGACAACAGACACCGCCCCCUCGGCCUACCCACUGACAUGACCCUAACCGCCGGUUUUAGACACGCCCAAUUUCCUAUGUGGCUCCCAAUCGGAUUAUCCUCCUGGUGUCAGCCCACAGGCCCGCCCAUAUGAACGACGCCAUUGGGUGGUCAAUCCCCACCCCCGCCCAACCAAUCAGCGGGCAGUAUACCAAAGCACGUCUGUUACUUUGCUUUGCUACUCAAAUGCACGUGCCUGAAAGAGCCCCCUUUUUUUUUCUUUUUUCUUUUUUUUUUUUUUUUUUUUUUUUCCCUGAAGCGCUUUUCAGACUUUUGCUGUGUCACGUGAAUUCGCCCCUGCUACAUUAAAUGCCAAGCGGCUGCUGUUCCUGGUGAUAUGUUGCCAUAUUUAGUGGGCUCUGACAGCUUACAUCUGUACUUAAGAAGAUAAGAAUAUACUAUGAAGAGAAGAGGACAUUCAGAGGGUCAACGCUCAUCAUUUACCUACACUCUAGAGAGUAUGCAUCACAGCUGGAUCUGAACAUCUCUUAUUCACACACCAGCCCUCUGUCCAAAUAUCUCAGCAGCGGAGUUGAUGGAAUUGAAGUUUUUGAGCAGUGCAGCUAUUGUCGAUUAAUUAUUGUUGGAAAAUGAAAGUUCUGGAGGGGACCACGGCUGGUCUCUGCUCCCCCUGUUCCAUUUGUGAAAGGGUGGGGGGGGUGUCUGUGUUUUGGGAUUUGCUCGAUGAUGGUCUUACCUUCAAGGCAAACGGAUAGGAGGGUGCCAGGGAAACAGAGGCCUCAUUGAGCACACUCUGUGCCUGUGGGCGUGUGGUGGGUCGAGUCUGGAACACAGGAAUUACUGUCUGUUUUUAAACAUGUUUGUCUUUGAAUUCAUUUCCAUCGCCGUCACUUGGAGCCGAGUUGGAAAGCACCGGCGAAUUAUUUUGCUUUCAGCGUUCCUUUUAUACGCUUUUCUCUAAAUGUGUGAAAGCUGCGUUAGAUGUGUUUUUCUCCCAUGAGCCACUGCAGUUUUUUUUUAGUGAGAGUAGCCCUGUGCGGCUGUGUGCGUAGACUGGAUCGUGAGUGUGCGAAGGCCGUACUGCUGUGAAGUUCCCUUCUCUAAAACACCGUCAGGGGAGCGCAGCGUGGGCACGCGGGGCUCGUCUGGGGCGAAAACCGCUUUUACGCGCGCCCGCCUUGAAUGCUAUGGUCACCGAGCCAUUUAUCCAGGGAUGUAACCGAAUGCGGUGAACGUUGCGUUUGUUGAAUCGGUGUGGCGACACACGCAGUCGCCCUAUCAGCCGGCUUGGUAACAACGCUCUGCAACCGAACGUUCAGUAAAGCCCCGUUUUAGCUUGUAGUGUUUUGCUCAUCCCGAAAGCAGCCCUGGCAUUUGAAGCCGGACUUAAGUUGAAUAAGGCUGCGUCAAUCACGGCCGUAACUCGACGGAUAGCUGCAGUGAUUCAUUAUCACUCUGAGUUACAGGCUAGUGGUACUAGCAAAACGGCAAAGCGCUAAACCUGAAUCACUAGCUACCGUUUCUAAAAUAAUAAAUAAAUAAAAUAAAUGACCAUAGAUUUGGUUGCAUGAUCAGAUUGAAAAGGUUAAGUGCCAUCAGUUCACCAAUCACUCUUGCUGGGGAUUGAGCCAGGAUUGGUUUGCCGCGGUGCUAGAUACUAGAACAGCAUGAAUUCUGUACCUGACUUUCUGUCCGGCAGGCAGGGUGUCGAUGAUCUACAAUGAGAAAUACAUCGGUUUGCCUGUAUUUUUCUGGGUGGAGUAGAGGAGUGGGCGGUGGGGGGGUUGUUAAUUUGCCAAGUCGUCUGAUUUGUAAGAUUUGUAUCCCAAGGCUUCACCUCCUUCUUUGUGUCUGUUUCUUUCUUGUUUCAUAGUGGAAAGUCCUUAACUGAACACAGUCUUUGAGUCAAAUAUGCCCUGAAAGAAUCGUUCCUAUGACUUGUUUAGGAGUCCAGUCUCAUCUCAGUGAAGGUACCGUUUCUUAGGGUGGGUCCUCUUAUUGUUCCACCGGGUCCCCGUUUCAUGGCAGAAUCGUGAAAUUCCCUUGAUGUGUUAUUUUAUUCAGUUGAUAGAAUGGUUUGAAACGUGGCCUGCAAGCAAAGCAGGGGCAGCGUGAGAAAAGACAGAUGGAGGGAUGUGGUGAAAGAAAGAGUUCAAAUAAAGGAGAGCAGGAUGGGAAGACAUACUCAAAAUGCAAAGGGGAAGUAUGAUGGAAAGAGAGAAGAGGAGUCGGCAGAAGAAUGAUGCCGGGCCGGAUCGGUUUCGUCGUUGCCCCCUGGUGUAAAAUCUCUGUAGUGAUUCAGGGAACCACAAGCUGUGCAGAAGAACAUUCUGGAGUGGAACUUCAGCCCAUGGGGCUUUCCAGUCGAGGCCAAUGAAACAAGUUUUGAGAGUGGACUUGUCCAAUCCGCGUUGCUGGAAUGUAAAAUUAGCACCUGUUAUUUCUGUUUUUUAAUGAAAUGAAUAAAGUAUGCUUUAUGUUUGCAAA